UGCGUUCCCCUCCUCCUGACUCGCCAUGUUGUCUUUUAACUCCCUUCUUUCCCUUUCCACCUACUUCUUACAUCGCCUGGCCAAUAAUGUCGAUACAAGCAGCGUUCCAUUUUAUAACCCUUCCCUUGAGGGAGGAUCCAUGUUGGAAAAUGCUGGUGACAGUCUUGGCGAACCCUUGAAUGUUAUUAUCUCGGGGUUGAGCACGCCGGCUGUUCUUACUAACGAUGGCAUUAUUAACUACGCGCGUGCCAUAGGCUUUUCCGAGGAAUGCUUUAAUAUCCACCUAGGGGGGCUCAUGUCCGCUAACCUCGGAGACGGAAAUGGUUGGGUCAACCAGACAUAUGAGCUUCGUCAGGACUAUGACAACGCCGGAAUCGGGACCUGCUUGGAAAGCCUCGUCGGUGGUAAUCAUUUUCGAGUGUUCCGUCAGAAUGGGCGUUUAGCAAAUAGUGGGGCCUUGUUUCUCGCAGUGUCGCAAGAAGAACCCGCAACCGAACAUCAUGACCCUGUACCCGAUGGCUACGAUGUUGGUCGGUGGGUUCUCCCAGUUUAUCACUUGCUUGUCACUGCCAUUCAAAAAGUCGAUUCCAGCAAUAACUUAGUGGCAGCCGCAGUUGGAAUAACCAGCUUCAACGGUGUCACUUACAUAACGACAGCUAAGAAUAUCACUGGGUUGCUCCCACCUGGUUCGGAAGGAAUCAAUCACGGUGGGCAGAAGUUUCUGACAUGUUCUUCUUUUGAGCCUAAGGCUGUGCAGGUAUUGCGCAAGACGGGAUUACCACCUUGUUGACAGUUGCUAUUGUUAGCAAGUAGAAUUGAAAGGUAUGGCUCUUACGUUGGUCUUGAGGGUGGCUUGUGUAGAGGAAACAAGUGAUACAUGUAUGCAAUACGAACCUCGAAUGGGAUACCAAGUGUGUUUGCAUAUGUUACAAUUGACGAGGUAACGCAAGUGAAAAGCCAAACCGCAGUAAGUUACAGUUACCAAGGAAUUCGUAUCAUAGUCCAACAUGGUAGUAUGCUCGA